UGCAUCACCCUAUCAAGGAUAAGUUACAACCUCGUUGUUAGCCAUGGAGUUUGCCAAGCGGUACUUUGUGCGCCACCGCAAUUUGUGGAGCAGUGAGUUCAAAAAUCCAAAGGCUUUGUACGAAAGUGCCUCCGAAUCUGCGAUGCGUUUGGCUGACGUUUGUGGGGCCGAAAUUUUCCGUCAAAAUUACACCCGGAACAAUCGGCGGUUGGCUUUGCUGUACGCUGACUUUACGCUGUACCUGGUGCUUAGUUUCUGGUGCAUUACAGUUCUGUGGGGUCAGCUACUUGACGUUAUGUUUUGCGUCGUAAUGAUUGGAGGGGCUGUGCAGGCUUUUGCAAAGAUUCACAGCUACACCAAUCCCACGAUUCAUGAACUUCAAAUGUGCAAUUUGGAAAACUUUCAAAACGUUCGAAAAUAUGACGAGUUCGAGGAAGCGAUGUGGAAUGCAGCGACUUUUUGCAAAUUUGCCGUGAUUUUUUACGCAAUCUUCGCAAAAAUCAUGAUCGGAUUGAUUGUAGCGUAUUCAAUCGUGAGCUCCCUCGUGGGCGAACACUACGUAUUGCCGUUUGGAUACUUCUUUCCAUGGAUUGACCGGGACACCUUGGCUGGAUAUUUGAUUAAUUUCGCUUACCAAAGUACAUUACUGGUGUACGGCUAUUGUGGAUUGCAAGCUUCAGAUCUUGUAUUCAUAUUUUUUAUCAUUCAUGCAAUUGCACGACUGGAGAUAAUCAUAGUUUAUCUAAAAAAACUCGAUCUCUUGACACAAUCACCAGAGUUAGAACGGAAUGGAUCUGCCAUAAAUGAGUUAUUGGAUGAUAUUAUCGAAAAACACAUUCAACAUACUGGGAAUCUCAGUGAUUUGGACGAUGUUUUGCAAAACGGCAUUUACGUCAACUUUGGCAGCUUGAUCGCUCAAACUGUCUUUUCAUGUUAUAUUCUUGUAACGGCUGAUGAAAUCUGGUACACGGGGUCGGCGGUAGCGUUUGGCAGCGCAUUGCAGUUGUUUUCCGCUUGUUUGAUGGGAACGCUGCUGUCCAGUAAAAAUGAUCAACUGAUUCGCGAGAUCUACGACAUAUCCUGGAACAACCUGCCGAUCGAAGCCCAGAAGAGCCUCCAGCUGCUGCUCCACUCGGCCCAGCAACCGAUGGUGCUGUCUGAUGGAUUCAACGCUGUCGAUUUGUUCUACUUUGUGACGAUCUACAAGCAAAUUUACUCGUUUGUGGCGAUGCUGCUGAACUUCAACUAAAUGACGAAUGGGACGUCCCGCCAGGAUGGAGGCUGAAAUUAUUUCACACGUCACCAGAUAUUGUAAUAAAUAUGGAUAGUCAAGAAGCAUAAUAAGGCGUUGAUAUCUUGCAAGACGGAUGAUUAUGACUGGAUGAGGAAGUUUGCGGAGAAGGACAUAGAAGGAUGAGAUGUGUUAAGAAUUCUUUGGAUGUCAUUUCUGGAAGUGCGCGUUGGAGCAUGAUUUUGCAAAAUACCUAGGGGAAAUUAAAAUUGUGAUGGAAUGUGCGGUGUUGCUCGUUUUUUGAAGUAGAAUUUCUUUUCGAUAACUGCGCCCACAGUUGUUAAAAAGCACCCAGUAGUUGAGUUGAGUUGAGAAGAUGGUACAAGUUUCCAUCCAAUCCCUUAGAUCGCACAGAAUGUAAUUUCAAUGUAAAUUUUCACUACAACCACCCCCGGAAAAUGUUGAGGGGGUGGGGGCGGAGAAUUAUUCAUCAAAUAAAACUAUUCACGCAGUUUUCUUCUGAAUCAUAA